CGCGGGACAAAGGCAGCUGUGGGCAAAGUGCAGGAGCCGCGGGCGGCGAUAAGAGGGAAGGGCGAAGGAAGGGGGCGGGGAGCGGGCGCCCUUCAAGGGUAGCCCCGCGGGAGACCUUGGCCUGGGGGCUUGGCCAGCCCUUCCGAGUGGGGGCGCCCUCGAGCUGCUGGGAUGCUGCAAAGCCCGCUGCAGCCAGGGGCCGCGGAGUUGCCCCGGGGCCCGGGGCCGCCCCGGCGUGGCCCGUGUCCGGCGGAAGGCGGGGCUGUCCCGGCUCACCUGGCCGCUCGGGGCGGGGCCUCCUGCGACCCGUGGGAGCUGGGGUAGCGACCGUUCCCCGGGGUGCGGGAGAAGGACUCGCCCCGGGGAUCUGGCCGGAGCUCCCGCCCCUUCACGCCUCCCCCUACCCUCCCUCGCUGGUGGGGGAGGCCCCCCCCUGCGGGUCCCAGCUCUUUCCCACCCCCUCCUCUUCUCCUUGGCUCCCUCCCUCCGAGCCCAAUUGCUCAAGUCGCUUCCUUCCCUAACGCCAGCGCCAGUUCCUCUCCCGGUAGGGCCCGGGAAGGUCCGCAGACGGCAGACACAAGAAUCGCUUCGGCGGGGACCAUGGCCGAACCCCCUGGGGACGCGAACCCUGCACCCAAGUCCUCGAUGACCGCCACGGUGAGUCUACGGAGAGCCUCGCAGCCCCGCCCCUUGAGAGUGGACUCGGCGAGCCUGGCAAGGUACCGGAGCAGCGUGUCCGCCGCCUCCUCGUCCAGGGAGUCCUCCUUCCUGGGAGCGCUGACGCCGUCUGCCACGGGCUCUGGGCGCCGGCGGGGAGCAGCGCGCGAGCAGCUGGGACUGCAGGAGGGACGCGCGGAGGAGCCGUACCCGGGAGCAGCGGGCGCCGCGGGCGGCGGCGGCUUGUGCCUGGAGCCGCGCGAGCACGCGUGGCUGCUAGCGGCUGCCGGGGGCCGCUAUGAAGAGCUGCAGGAGGUGCUGGAAUCCGAGCCGGGGCUGCUGCUCUGGGCCGACCCGAUCUCGGGCUACACCUUGCUGCACUGGCUGGCCAAGCACGGGCGCCACGAGGAGCUCAUCCUGGUGCACGACUUCGCCCGGCGCCACGGGCUGUCGCUGGACGUGAGCGCCCCAGGGAGCGGCGGCCUGACCCCCCUCCACUUGGCAGCCAUGCAGGGCCACGACAUGGCCAUCAAGGUGCUGGUGGGCGCGCUGGGGGCCGACCCCACGCGCCGCGACCACAGCGGUCACCGCGCCUGUCACUACCUGCGGCCCGGCGUGUCCCCGAGUCUGCGGGAGCUGGCGGGCGCCGAGGAGUGGGAGAUGGAGAAGCCUGCCAGCAAGCGGAGCAACGCCAACAACAACAGCAGCGGCGUGUGGGCUCUGCGGCGGUCCUCGAGUGCCCUGGGCCCGUCGACCACGCACACCACCGGCAAACGCACCACCAAGACGGCCAGCAAGAAGGACUCCUCCGCGGGUGGCAGGGUGGCGCAUAUCCAGACUUUUAUCCGCCACGUGUUUCCCUUCUUCCAGGAUCGCUGAGGGUGAUGGAGAAGCCCGAGCGCAGAGGGGACUUUGGACCACCCAAGGGGCUGUGUUUGCAUCGCAGCUGGGGCCAGCACUCUGCCAAGCACCUCAGGGGAACUGUCUCAGGUACCUGUCCCGGGUUUCUUGUAUCCACCAGGAGAAGCGGGAACCAGAGCACCCUAGAAGACAGUGGGCCGGCACCAAGCUGUCCCCAGAGCUCUAGGACUAAGCAAUUGAGGACGGGAGCGCGUCCUGCUUGGCAGACAGCGAGUUACAGUUCAGCUGCCAGGAGCCGUUUGGGGGCCAGCGGAAGCGCUGAGCUUCUUAAGAAACAUUUGCCGCCAGAAUGAACCAAGAUUGAAGCUCCCGAGGAGGGAGGAAGCCGCAGACUGCAGGCUGGAUUCACCCCUUAAGCAGUCAGCUGGUGUGGGCACACUCAGCACCCCCCACUCCCAGCACCCUGUUCCGAGCCGACCAGGUCUUACCGGUCCUUGGCCACUGUAUCCUGGGUGACUACUUGAGCUAUUAAAGUAGAAUCUGUUUUUCCUUUC